ACUGUAUCGAAAAGCGACAUCAGUGUGUAAAGGAUAUCACCACAUGGGCUCAGGAACACUUCAGAAAACCACUGUCAGUAACUACAGUUGGUCGCUACAUCGGUGUCGGCCAUGUCGAAUCCCAUCGAAGGUUUGGUGGACGUCAGCGUUUACGGAUCCCGGAUGGGAAUCCCAGAGGACUCCCUGACCAUCCUGGAUGGCGGCAGAGACUCCCUGACCAUCCUGGAUGGCAGCAGAGACUCGGCCGAGCCCUGGGAGCUGGCGGAGGCCAAGCCGGGCACCAUGUCGGCCCUCUACAUGCCCUGCUUCGACAUGCUGGCCACGGAGGACGCCGCCUGGCUGGCCAAGGUGUCCGAGGGCCCCCAGCCGGAGCAGUGCCCGGUCAUCGACAGCCAGGAGCAGGGACUGUCCCCGCCGGGCCCCGAGGAGGAGCGCUCCCUGGAGCAGGUGCAGAGCAUGGUGGUGGGCGAGGUGCUGAAGGACAUCGAGACGGCCUGUAAGCUGCUCAACAUCACGCCAGACCCCAUGGAGUGGACCACGGCCAACGUGCAGAAGUGGCUGCUGUGGACCGAGCACCUGUACCGCCUGCCCCAUGCAGGCAAGACCUUCCAGGACCUGGUGGGCAGAGACCUGUGCGCCAUGAGCGAGGAGGACUUCCGCCAGCGCUCGCCACAGUGCGGGGACACGCUGCACGCUCACCUGGACAUCUGGAAGUCAGCUGCCUGGAUGAAGGAGAGAUGCUCCGUAGGAGACAGCAAAAGUCCUGGCGGCGAGGAGCUUUGGUCCGAGGCCGACUCCUCCUGCUCGGGUCAGCCCAUCCACCUGUGGCAGUUCCUCAGGGAGCUUCUGCUCAAACCUCACAACUACGGACGCUGCAUCCGCUGGCUCAACAAGGACAAAGGUAUUUUCAAGAUCGAGGACUCUGCGCACGUGGCGAGGCUGUGGGGGCUGAGGAAGAACCGGCCGGCUAUGAACUAUGACAAGCUGAGCCGCUCCAUACGGCAGUACUACAAGAAGGGCAUCAUCCGCAAGCCCGACGUCUCCCAGAGGCUGGUCUACCAGUUUGUGCACCCUGUAUGAGGGGCAAGACCUGCCAAAAGUCACUCGCGUGAAGCCAGAACUAAAGACUCGUGGAGGUACACCUCCGGCCAAAAAUGUACGCCAAUCACCGCCAACACAAUGUGCUUCAAUCCACAACCACUAGAAUAUAAAUAGACUUUAUUGUCGUGAAGCACAAUCUGCCUCUUUUUGUUUGAUGAAAGGAUUUGUACUCUUUUGAUAAGGAAACGGGCCUCAUAGAUACAACAGGAAGUGACCAUAUAAGGAAACAGCCCUGAUGAAUACAACAAAAAGUGACCAUAUAAGGAAACGGGCCUCAUAUAUACAACAGGAAGUGACCGUAUAAGGAAACGGGCCUCAUAGAUACAACAGGAAGUGACCAUAUAAGGAAACGGGCCUCAUAGAUACAACAGGAAGUGACCAUAUAAGGAAACAGGCUUCUUAGAUACAACAGGAAGUGACCAUAUAAGGAAACAGGCCUCUUAGAUACAACAGGAAGUGAUAAUCAUAGAAAUGUGUUCCAUCAAACUAAAACAUGAAUACUGUCAUGUAGGGAUGGGAAUUGAUGAGAUUUUCAUGGUUCCAAUUCCAAUUUCAAUUCUUCUUAACAAUUCGAUUCUCAUAUCGAUUCUUAUUUGGAAAAAAGAGGACAAAAAGGUGGAUUAGCAUCAAUAUAGUUUAGUGUAAAGUAAGAUGAACUUACAAAGACAUCAGAGGCUCGUACUUAGCAUCGAAUAAAUCAUGACCUUUUUGAAAAUAAAUAUUCUUCUGUAGAAUUUAACAAAACAUGAGGAAAUGACACAAGAAUGUAACAUUUACUAACUUUUAGGAAUCUUUGUAUUUUCCCCGAAGUCAACAAAUGCGAAAAUGCUGCCAAAGUUCAUUUUGAUUUAUAAGGUAAAACUAAAAUAUAUCAUAACAUGCAACUCACCAUAUUUCUAGUCUUAUUUUGAUAUCAUUUGAUGAUUAUGGCUUAUAGUUUAUGAAAACUUUUAUUUUAAAAUCUCAGAAAAUGUGUGGUUUUUGCAAAAACUUUAAACCAUGGUGGUCAAAAUGAUAAUAGCAUAUUUCUCUUUGCAUGUAUUAAGUUACAUAUUAGUUUCACUUUUCUGACAUGAAUGAACUUUUACAUGAUAUUCUAAUUGUAUGAGUUCCACCUGUGUAAAGGAAAUGACUGAGUGUAACUUUUCUCUGACUACAAUUGACCAUUCACCUGCCGAAAAUCAGGAGCACUCUGGAAAAUUUGUGCAAGCUUUUGACCACAAACUUAGUCACUGUCUCCUGUCAUGCUCAGCUAUAAAUGAGAAGGCAUCCAUUUAAAUGUGACAAAUAAUGUUGCUAACAUGCUAGGUGGUGUUAGUUAGCACCUGUUGUAUUUACAGCAGAUGAUGGGCUGAGAUGGGAGUGCUUCAAAGACACUCAUGUAUAAUUAUUGUGUGUUUAAAUAGCAACCUUGCACUUAUUACAAGUUGACAUCUUUUCUUGUCAAAUGAAUCGUUUGGAAAACAUGACAAGCGAUUCUUAGGAAUUCAUAGACUGGGAACCGGUUCUGAAAAAGAACUGGUUCUCAAUUCCCAUCCCUACGACCACACAAGUGUAAAAAGAAGUUAACCGAAGCAAAAAAAAAAAAAAACAACAACAAUGUGUCCGCCUUAUAUUACAUAAUGAAACACAAGACAAAAGUAUUUGGACACCCUAGAGUCUUUCUGCUUACUUCAAACAGAACAAUAAAAUGUGUACGUAGCAGUUUUCCGUCAUGAAAUAAUGUCAAUCUGAUUAAAAACAUGAACAAAAAACACAUUCUAUUGAGAAGAAUUACAGUUCUGCCUGCAGAAAACAAGAUGAAAUACACAUAUAUGAUGAAAAGUUGAUAAAUGAAUAUUUAGUAUCAGUUUGGAUACAAUAGUUUGUCUCACUUUUUUUGUCAAAAUGCUUGCACUCCCAACUUUCUUUGGCCCCAUGCCGUGAAAACGUACUCAACAACAAAAAACACACACAUACUGAGUCACUAACACCCGGAACUCUUUGUUGGGCACUUGGUCUUAAAAUAAGUGAAAUGGUAAAAUUACCUAUUGGUGUUUUUUUGUCCAAACUGAAUCAUUUAGAAGAAAUGUCCAAGUUCGUUUUGUAAGUUUUGUAAAGACGUAUUUGUGGGACUCACAUGCACGCUUUAAUAGAGCCAGCAUAGGUUAGUUAGCUGGGAGUUCACUAACCUGGCGUUGCUUGAUUGAAGGACAGUUUGAAUGAUGUUAUGUUGUUAUAAUAAUACACUUUGAUUGAUUAUUGACUUUGGGGUCAUAAACGCCUCCAGAUCUACCAUACUUUGCCUUUUACCUGCCAGGGCAGAAAAUCACAUUUAUGAGCUCCGACGCAUUUUCCUGCUGAAUAAUUCUUUACGAUUGCUAAACAUGUGCCUUCAGAAA